CCUGCGGAGGUUCGGGGAAGCGCAUCUGAAGCGCGUUCACGUUUCCAUACACACAAACACGCGCGCAGGCCAUAGCAGCACACCGGGAGCAUCCCUGAGAGGAGGGAGCGCUCGUUUUGGUUUACCAUCUGGAAGAAUCGCUGUAUUAGCUUCUGUCGAGCUUGAUCAAAGACUUUCUCUGACGACGCAUAAUGAUCCCGGGCUCUGCCGGGCGCCGUGGAUGCUGAGGCGUGCACAGAAAUCCACUGUGGGUCGGGUAAAGGACCCCCGUGUCUCCUCCAGCAGAAGCAGCAAGCCCGAGACGGAAUGUCAAGUAGCCCCGAAGAAAGUCACUCCAGGGGCGGCGGCUCCAACCGUGACUUAAAGACGGCCUCUUCGAGCAGCACGUCCCUCGAGGAUGGAAAUCCACCACCGCUGCACCAAAACCGUAUACGCCAGUCGGACAGUAACACCAGUUUCCUCCGGGCUGCCAGAGCUGGAAACAUUGACAAAGUCCUUGAAUUCCUGAAGAACGGGGUUGACAUCAGCACAUGUAACCAGAAUGGUCUCAAUGCGUUACACCUGGCGGCUAAGGAGGGGCACAAGGAAUUGGUGGAGGAACUGCUACAGAGAGGAGCAUCUGUUGACUCUUCCACCAAGAAAGGAAACACUGCCCUCCAUAUUGCCUCUUUGGCUGGACAAAAAGAAGUAGUCAAAUUGUUGGUGUCAAGAGGAGCAGAUGUCAAUUCUCAGUCACAGAAUGGCUUCACGCCACUCUACAUGGCGGCUCAGGAGAAUCACUUGGAGGUCGUGCGAUACCUCUUGGAAAAUGAAGGAAAUCAAAGCAUUGCAACAGAGGAUGGCUUUACUCCACUUGCUAUUGCUCUUCAGCAGGGGCACAACUCAGUUGUCUCCUUGUUGUUGGAGCAUGACACUAAGGGUAAGGUACGCCUUCCAGCCCUGCACAUUGCUGCCCGCAAAGACGACACAAAGUCUGCUGCACUGCUGCUUCAGAAUGACCACAACGCUGAUGUCCAGUCUAAGAUGAUGGUCAAUAGAACCACAGAGAAUGGGAAGAGUGGUUUCACCCCUCUGCACAUUGCGGCUCACUAUGGUAACGUGAAUGUCUCCACCCUGUUGCUGAACAGAGGAGCUGCUGUUGACUUCACAGCCAGGAAUGGAAUAACACCUCUACAUGUUGCCUCUAAGAGGGGCAACACCAACAUGGUGGCCCUGUUAUUGGACCGAGGUUCUCAGAUAGAUGCUAAAACAAGAGAUGGUUUGACGCCCCUGCACUGUGCAGCCAGGAGUGGACAUGAUCCUGCAGUUGAGCUUUUGCUGGAAAGAGGAGCCCCCAUCCUAGCUAGAACCAAGAAUGGACUGUCUCCACUGCACAUGUCAGCCCAGGGAGACCACAUAGAGUGUGUAAAACUAUUGCUGCAACACAAGGCGCCUGUUGAUGAUGUCACACUCGACUACCUUACCGCGCUGCACGUCGCAGCUCACUGUGGCCACUACAGAGUAACUAAGCUCCUCCUGGACAAGAAGGCCAAUCCCAAUGCAAGAGCACUGAAUGGUUUUACUCCUCUCCACAUUGCUUGUAAGAAAAACAGAGUGAAGGUGAUGGAGCUGCUGGUCAAAUACGGUGCCUCCAUACAGGCAAUUACUGAGUCUGGUCUGACUCCCAUGCACGUAGCUGCUUUCAUGGGUCACCUCAACAUCGUUUUACUUCUACUGCAGAAUGGAGCUUCUCCUGAUGUUCGUAACAUUCGCGGUGAGACAGCUCUCCAUAUGGCAGCACGAGCAGGACAGAUGGAAGUGGUUCGCUGUUUGCUGAGAAAUGGAGCGUUGGUGGAUGCCAUGGCCAGGGAGGACCAGACUCCCCUGCACAUUGCAUCCCGUCUGGGAAAAACAGACAUUGUCCAGCUACUAUUACAGCACAUGGCCUACCCGGAUGCUGCCACCACAAAUGGCUACACUCCUCUCCACAUUUCAGCCAGAGAGGGGCAGGUGGAGACAGCUGCUGUGCUCCUGGAGGCUGGAGCUUCACACUCAAUGGCCACCAAGAAAGGAUUCACUCCAUUACAUGUAGCAGCAAAAUAUGGAAGCCUCGACGUAGCAAAACUUCUCCUUCAGCGCAGAGCUCUUACUGAUGAUGCUGGCAAGAAUGGCCUAACUCCACUACAUGUGGCAGCUCAUUAUGACAACCAAGAGGUGGCGCUGCUGCUCCUGGAUAAAGGUGCAUCGCCUCAUGCUACUGCAAAGAAUGGCUACACUCCUCUCCACAUUGCAGCCAAAAAGAACCAGACAAACAUUGCUUUAGCGCUACUGCAGUAUGGAGCAGAGACCAAUGCUUUAACGAAACAGGGAGUCAGCCCUCUGCAUCUGGCAGCUCAGGAAGGACAUGCAGAGAUGGCCAGCCUCCUGCUGGGAAAAGGAGCCCAUGUGAACACAGCGACAAAGACUGGACUAACUCCUCUGCAUCUUGCUGCCCAAGAGGACAAAGUCACUGUAACAGAAGUACUAGCCAAACAUGAUGCCAACUUGGACCAGCAAACCAAACUUGGAUAUACCCCUCUGAUUGUCGCCUGUCAUUAUGGAAAUGCCAAGAUGGUUAACUUCCUGUUACAACAAGGAGCCAGCGUCAACUCCAAAACCAAGAAUGGUUACACGCCACUUCAUCAAGCGGCACAACAAGGGAAUACACACAUAAUUAAUGUUUUAUUACAACAUGGGGCCAAGCCCAAUACUACUACAGUGAAUGGAAAUACCGCUCUGUCGAUUGCGAAACGUUUGGGUUACAUUUCUGUGGUAGACACACUGAAAGUCGUCACUGAGGAGGUCAUCACAACCACAACUACGGUUACAGAGAAACACAAACUGAAUGUUCCAGAGACCAUGACUGAGAUUCUCGAUGUGUCUGAUGAAGAGGGCGAGGACACAAUGACAGGUGAUGGGGGAGAGUAUCUAAGAGCAGAGGACCUCCGUGAGCUGGGAGAUGACUCUCUGCCAGGACAUUAUCUAGAUGGCUUCAAUUACAUGAGCCACAACUUGGACAGGCCCCAACACACUCCCAUUCACCAAAGUUUCCAUCAAAGAGAAGUUCUCAUUGAAGAUUUGCUUACAAGUCACCAGGUGUCAACACUGUCUAGAGAGCAUGAAAAGGACUCAUUCCGUCUGAGCUGGGGUGCUGAACAUCUUGAUAAUGUUGUGCUGUCCUCCAGUCUGCUACAUUCUGGCCGUUCCUCACCAUGCCUAGACCAUGACAACAGCAGCUUCCUGGUCAGCUUUAUGGUAGAUGCCAGAGGUGGAGCUAUGCGUGGUUGCCGUCAUAAUGGUUUGCGAAUUAUUGUCCCACCAAGAAAGUGCUCUGCCCCGACACGGGUGACUUGCAGGCUGGUGAAGAGGCAUCGUCUGGCCUCUAUGCCACCUAUGGUAGAGGGUGAAGGGCUGGCUGGUCGCAUUAUAGAAGUGGGACCCACUGGAGCCCAGUUCUUGGGUAAGCUCCACCUACCUACAGCUCCACCCCCUCUGAAUGAGGGUGAGAGCUUGGUCAGUCGCAUUCUGCAGCUGGGUCCUCCAGGAACCAAGUUCCUCGGGCCUGUGAUUGUAGAGAUCCCCCAUUUUGCUGCUCUGCGGGGAACAGAGCGGGAGCUAGUGAUCUUAAGGAGUGAAACAGGAGAGAGCUGGAAGGAACACCACUGUGACUUCACUGAAGAGGAACUGAACCAGAUACUUAAUGGCAUGGAUGAAAAACUUGAUUCCCCUGAGGAACUUGAAAAGAAAAGAAUAUGUCGCAUCAUCACCAGAGACUUCCCACAGUAUUUUGCUGUUGUGUCAAGGAUAAAGCAGGACAGUCAUUUGAUUGGUCCAGAGGGCGGGGUCCUCAGUAGUACUCUCGUGCCCCAGGUCCAGGCUGUAUUCCCUGAAGGAGCCCUUACUAAGAAGAUUAGAGUUGGGCUUCAGGCUCAGCCUAUUGAUGUUGACAUGGUGAGAAAGAUUCUUGGUAAUAAAGCAACGUUCAGCCCAAUUGUCACAUUGGAGCCAAGGAGAAGAAAGUUCCACAAACCCAUCACAAUGACAAUCCCAAUUCCCAAGACCUCCAAUAGUGACACCACAUUCAGUGGGGAGACCCCGACUUUACGUUUGCUUUGUAGUAUUACAGGUGGUACCACUCCUGCACAAUGGGAGGACAUCACCGGCUCCACGCCUCUCACUUUUGUUAACCAAUGUGUUUCCUUCACCACGAAUGUGUCAGCAAGAUUCUGGCUGAUAGACUGCAGACAGAUCCAGGAGUCUGUUGGUUUUGGCACUCAGGUCUACAGAGAAAUCAUCUGUGUCCCAUACAUGGCUAAGUUUGUCAUUUUUGCUAAGACACUUGACCCCAUUGAGGCUCGCCUACGGUGUUUUUGCAUGACAGAUGACAAGAUGGACAAAACCUUGGAACAGCAAGAAAACUUCACUGAAGUCGCCCGCAGCCGAGAUGUUGAGGUACUAGAGGGGAAACCUAUAUUUGCUGACUGCUUUGGAAACCUGGUGCCUCUUACCAAGAGUGGGCAGCACCAUGUGUUCAGUUUCUAUGCCUUCAAAGAGAACAGACUGGCCCUCUUUAUUAAAAUUCGAGACACAGCACAGGAGCCAUGUGGUCGAUUGUCUUUUACCAAGGAACCACGCACGUACCGUAGUCUUAAUCUCAAUGCAAUCUGCAACCUAAACAUCACCCUUCCAUCAUACUCAAAGGAGUCUGAUUCAGACCAAGAUGGAGAUGAUGAGAGUGAGAAGAGUGACAAGAAAUUCGAUUGGCAGGAAGAUGCUGACAGGAAAGAGGAGACAUUAGCUAUCAUUUCAGAUCUUCUUGGCUUCAGCUGGACUGAACUUGCAAGAGAACUGGAAUUCAGUGAAGAUGAUAUUCAGCUAGUGAGAACAGAGAAUCCUAAUUCCCUGCAAGAGCAGAGCCAUGCUUUACUGCAGCGCUGGGUUGAACGUGAGGGAAAACACGCCACAGAGGACUGUCUGAUUAAGAGGCUGACUAAGAUCAACCGCAUGGACAUUGUUCAUCUUAUUGAAACCCAGAUGAACAAGUCAGUUCAAGAGCAAACAUCUAGAACUUAUGCAGAGAUAGAGAAGACACUGGAUCACAGUGAAGUGUCAGUAGCCUUAUCUUCAGUCCAAGAGGAUGCAGAUAGCCCCAGAGUCGUGAGAAAAGUGGAGUCAGAUCGCAGACCACCCCCAGCUGUUUCAGAAGAGGACCUCUCAGUCGCUUCCCUACUGGAUAUUCCUUCGUGGGCAGAGCCUGUUGGACAGAUCCAUUCGGAGAGCAUGCAUGGUGACCUAUUGGAGGAGCUUGAAAUCCCGCAUGAGUUGAAUCCUAACUUGUGGACCUCUGAGGAUGUAAUUACACGUGAAUCAAGUCAAGACAACUUAGAUGAGCAAGCUGAUGAAAUGCCAGACCUCCCUGCCCAGUCGGUGUCAGAAGAAAGGUACAAGGAUGAAAAUGGACACAUAGUUGUCAAAAAGGUUACCCGUAAAAUUAUACGUAAGUGUGUUUCCGCGGAUGGUGCGGAGCAUGAAGAGACGACCUUAGAAGGAGCUCCUCAGGGGUUUGUCCCUGCAGCGGAGGGAGAUGGCUACUCUAAGGUUGUGAAGCGGACAGUCGUGAAAAGUGAGGGAGACCACACAGAGGUGACUUUUACCGAACGUGAGCAUUCGUCAUCAUCAAGGCAGGAGACGGCUGAUGGCCGCAAGAUCAGUCACACGGAAAGGACAACCGUGUUGGAGGGUGAAAGGACAGUGACACACCAUGGUGAUCAGUCUUUGACCUCUGAUCUGCCUACAGCCCAGGACGACUUCAAGAAGGCAUUCGGUUAUUUUAGUGGUUUUAGCGGAACAGAGCUCCCUCUGGUGGUAGAAAGAGAGACUAUCAAAGAGGAUGGAACAGUGGUCAGGAGGGCCCAUCUGCGUAAAGGUUGCACUCUCACACGAACAGUGGUUGAGGGAGCUGGGCAGCGCAAACAGGUCAUUCAAGAGAAAGUGGACCACCCCAGAAAAGGAUCGAAAACCCGUGAUCUCCAACAGCAUCUCCACCAGCUCUUUCACCGCUACUACGAAGAAGAAAAGAACAAUGACGAUGAGGAAGGAAGAGUAAAUGAUUGAGUAACACUCUGCCCAACUCCCUCGUUGUGCCCAUGCUAAAAUCCCUGCUAGUCCUAUGCAUUAGUCACAUGCAAUCCUAGUGUGCACAAACACACCUCAAAGCUACCACAGUCUUCCCCUUUAGGACCUGGAAGAUGAUCUUUAGUUCUUGAUUUGGAGUUUUUUCCCUGUGUGGUUUUAAAGUACUUCUGAGUUUCUUUAUUUUAUAUUUUUAUUUUUUUGCCUUUUGUGACCAAAGAAAGCCUUUUGUUGAUCUCCUGAUUGUUUUACUUUCUGAUUCAAGUUGUCUGAUAGGUUUGUCUUAUCCUGUGGUAGAGCAACAGAACACUCAAAGAAAACAGAGCGACACUAUCCCCAUCAAAUAACUCACAAACCUCCGAAGUACAUUUUACUUAAAAACACUGGUACUGCUCUUGGAGUAGGUGCUUGGACUGAAAGACGAUAUUUCACAUUGCACUGCCUCUCACAACUUUCACAGAUAAUCCUUUAUGAAAAAAAAACAACUUCUCACUCACUGUACUAGCCUCUGCUUUUUUGAUUCAGAUGGUCAAGAUGUCACAAACAGAAAAUCAGACUGUACUGACACUGAAUUUAACUGCUGCUGUUGUGUUUCGUGUUGACUAUGUGUACUCUGUCUUUGGGAAUUAUAUAUUCUAUUUAAUCUCAACAUUACUGACAUCUGUAGCCUAGGAAUGAAUAAUCACUCAUGUGAACUUAACAGGCAUGACUAAUCAACAUCUGUCAGUUUGAUCCUAGCUUUGACUGCUUUGUCGUUGUGUGGAUUGCCCUUCUGCUUUUCUUUACCUUGUGUGUGUGUGUGUGUGUGUUUCAUUCUUUAUUAUUAUGUUUCAACUAAACAUUGUUGACCUCCUCUUUUAAAGUAUGGAUGUGAUGAGUGCAGGUGUGACUGUACGUGCUUUAGGUUUGAUUUUGUCUGUGCAUUUGAUGAGUUAAAUACCACACUGAACGCUGGUCAAAAGUUUCUGUAGUUGAUUUUAACUUGUUUGCUGAUGUUUGUUUGUUUGUUUGUUUGUUUGUUUGUUUUUUCAUUUUCGUGUAGAGAAGUUAUUUAAUUUAAUAAUUCAGCCCCUCAGGAUUUGGCACUGGGAAAUGAAAUAAUCCCAGUUUUCUAAUAUUACAUUUGUGGUAAGAUGAUGAUACACUCAGUGUUUUAUUUAUGUAAAGAUUUGUUAGUUUAUCUUUUGAAUCCGAUUGUUGAAGUAGAUAAAGGCGGUUUUGUGUUAUGUGUGUGAGUGAAUGAUUCGGCGUGUGUAGUUAAAGGAUGUGUAGCAGUUUCUGUCAGCAAAGAAAAGAAAUGUUUAUUUUACACAAUUAGCAUUUGCACUCCUGAAUGUCAGAAGAGGAAACCUCCAUGCUUUCUGUGCACUGCAAUACAAGGUACAGAAUAUAUCAGCCACAGGGAUAGUCUCAUUGUGGAGGGAUUGCUGUAACAAAGCAGGUUGAGAGCUUAAAUAUAUGAUUAUCCACAGCUCGGAGCAUCGCUACUGUUUGUAUUUACAACAUGCAAUGUAUUUACUCUCACUCUCACUGUUUAUUUUGUGAUUUAGAGAAAAAAAAUGCAAAUUAGUGGAGAUUCACUGUGACAGAUAUGCUUUUAAUUUGAAGACUCAGCAUCCCUUCUCUGUGAUGAUGACCCGUUAUAUACAUAUACAAUGCAUAUAUAAAUAAAUAUCUAUAAAGGCAUGUAUUACUGUAUCAAAAGUCAAAAGUGCAGAAAAGAAAAUGGCUGCAGUGUAUCUAUAGCUGAGAAUAAAAAUCUACAAAUGUG